AAAGAAAACAUAAUUCUUAUUCAACUUUUGGCCAGGAUCCGAAAGCGACUAGCGUUUACACUCACAAAAAUGCAGAAGUUAGCUUUACUACUGAUAAAUAUCUUGAUUUAAAAAGAAAUCCGAAUUUCAGUGAACUUACACAAGAAGACAUUACAUUCUUUCAAUCAAUUUUACCUUCUAAUAGUAUAAUAGUAGGUAAUGAAGAUGAUUUAUUGCCAUAUAACAUUGAUUGGAUGAGAAAAUAUCGAGGAAAGUCAAAAUUGAUUGCUAAACCAAGAACAACCAAACAAAUUUCGGAAAUACUUAAAUACUGUAACGAUAGGAGAUUGGCUGUUGUACCUCAAGGGGGAAAUACUGGUCUUGUUGGUGGUGGCGUGCCGGUGUUUGACGAAAUUGUAAUUAGUAUUAAUAAUUUGAAUAAAAUUAGAUCUUUUGAUCAUUUAUCUGGAUCACUUGUAUGCGAUGGUGGUUGUAUUCUUGAAAAUCUUGAUAACUAUCUUGCCGAAAAAGGAUUUAUGAUGCCUUUAGAUUUGGGAGCUAAAGGAAGUUGUCAAAUAGGUGGAAAUGUUGCUACCAAUGCAGGUGGAUUAAGAUUAUUACGAUACGGUUCUCUUCACGGAUCUGUAUUGGGAUUAGAAGUGGUUCUUCCUGAUGGGACAGUUUUAGACAAUCUUGUAACUCUUCGAAAAGAUAAUACUGGUUACGAUAUAAAGCAACUUUUCAUUGGUUCAGAAGGUACUUUAGGGAUAAUUACUGGCGUUUCAAUUCAAACUCCACGAAAACCAAAAGCAGUGAACGUUGUAUUACUUGGAUUAAAUUCUUUCGAAAAGGUUCAAGAAACAUUUAUUAGAGCUAAAGAUGAUUUAACAGAAAUCCUUUCUGCUUUCGAAUUUUGGGAUGCUAAUUCUGUUGAAUUGAUCCAAGCUCAUAUAGUUCAAGGAUCAAAGUUUCCUUUAAAUACCAAUUAUCCAUUUUAUAUAUUAAUUGAAGUUAGUGGGUCAAAUAAAGUUCACAAUGAUGAGAAAUUAUCUAAUUUCUUGGAAGAUAUAUUAGAAAAGCAAACUGUGGAAGAUGGUGUUGUGGCUCAAGAUGAAACACAAGCUAAAGUGAUAUGGGCAAUACGUGAAGGAAUACCUGAAGCUUGUAGUAAAUCUGGAGCAGUGUAUAAAUAUGAUGUAUCCAUGCCACUAGAAUAUAUGUAUAAGUUAGUGGAGGAUUUAAGACUUAAAUUAAUGGAUGCUGGUAUAUAUGGUAAAGAUUUACCUAUAAAUCAUGUAAUUGGGUUUGGUCACAUUGGAGAUGAGCCUUGGAUUUAUGAAUGGACAGAGAAACAUAAUGGAUCUAUAUCCGCAGAACAUGGUCUUGGUUUAAUGAAAGCGAAAUAUCUGCGAUAUUCAAAAUCCUCGUCAAUGAUUAAUAUUAUGAAAAAAAUGAAAAAAGAAUUAGAUCCUAAUGGCAUCAUGAAUCCGUAUAAAUUUUUAAUCGAUUAA